GUGUUGACAUGUAGAGUUGCAUUCACAGACGAUCCGAACCAUGACGUUUGCCAUGCUGCGCCCGGUGGCCUCGCGCUUCUAUUCCGACCUGAACAUUGCGUCCGAGGACGACGACAACCGCAGCGAGAGCGACGACAGCUCGGAGCGACUUUACUGCGGCGGCGGUGUGAAAAGAGCGAGGAUCUCUGCGCGCCAAGUGGACGGGGACUCCAGCAGCCCGGUGAUGAUGAAGCAGCGCAGCGCGGCCAACGCCAGGGAACGCGGUCGGACCCAGAGCGUCAACAGCGCUUUCACGGCACUCAGGACCCUCAUUCCCACCGAGCCGGUGGACAGGAAGCUCUCCAAGAUCGAGACUUUGCGGCUGGCCUCCAGCUACAUUUCCCACCUGGCCAAUGUGCUUCUGAUCGGGGACGGCUGCGCGGAUGGACAGCCGUGCCUCGACGCAGUCCACGCGCAGGCUGCUGGAGACAAGAGCGGCAAGCAGCCGAGGACCAUCUGCACUUUCUGCUUGAGCAACCAAAGAAAAGGGGACAGCAGCGAGUGUUUGAAGAUGCGCAGACUUGCCCAGCUGCGACUGAGACGCUGA